UAGAAGGAAAAAGAAAGAAUCGAAUUCUACCGCCGCUGUUUUUAGGUAUUUUCGUUAUAAUAUAUACCUAAUAUGAUGUCUCGGGAGUGUCGUCGUCAGUCAUUUGUUUGGUAUUAUCUCUCCCCCCUCGCUCGCUCGCUACACUACCACCCCGCGAACGCGACGAUUCUGUAUAUAUAACGGCGUUCGAACCUAUUUUAGCCGCCAUUCGCCCGUUGAGCGUCGUCACUGCGUCGCGCGUCGUGCGUGUUUGUGUACAAUUUAAUUUCGUGUUUUUAUAAAAACAUAUAUAAUUAUGACCGGUCGCGGUAAGGGAGGCAAAGGUCUGGGAAAGGGAGGAGCUAAGCGUCACAGGAAGGUACUCCGUGAUAACAUCCAAGGUAUCACCAAGCCGGCCAUCCGUCGUCUCGCCCGCAGAGGAGGCGUCAAGCGUAUCUCCGGUUUGAUAUACGAGGAGACUCGUGGUGUCCUCAAGGUGUUCCUCGAGAACGUGAUCCGCGACGCGGUCACUUACACCGAGCACGCCAAGAGGAAGACCGUCACUGCUAUGGACGUCGUCUACGCUCUGAAACGUCAGGGCCGCACCCUCUACGGUUUCGGUGGUUAAGUCUACCAUCGCCGCGCCGGCGUCAUCGCCCACCUCGUGUGUGUGUCGGUCGAAAGAACAACACACAAAUCAAAAAGGCCCUUUUCAGGGCCGCAAAUGGUUCACUGUUGUUUUACAAAAUGUUUCACGAUAUUACGUCGAUACUAUAUAAUAAAUAACACCUCAAUAAUAUGUACAAAUUACGAAUAUACCCAGCCGAGUGGGUGGGUAAAGUUGCUUGUGAUCAUCGAGGCCCGUAGGGCGCCGAGACGCGUCGGUGUAGGCGUCUCAACUAAACACAACCCCUUGCAUACGGUAACUUACUCACUCACUCAUAAUAUAAUAUUUUAUAAUUAGUCAGUCAAUUCUAUGUUAUUUGGAUACCCUAUAAGUAUACAUAAUAAUAUCUAGUCCUUAUGUUAACGAAUCUAACUAGUAAGGUGAGCGAGACG